AUGGCUGAAGAGGAGCACCGUAGCCGCGGCCUCUUCCACCACAAAAAGGAUGAAGAUAAGAGACCUACAGGUGAUGACUACGACUCCGGUAAUUACAGAAAACCAUCACACAAUGAUGAGUUUUCUAGUGGUGACAAUGAAUCUAGUUACGAAAAAUCAUCCUAUGGUAAUGAAAAUUCUGGUGGUGACUAUGAAACUGGCUAUAAUAAAACAACAACUAAUUAUGAAACAUCUGAUAACUAUGGUGGUACUGGUAGUGGAUACUCUGACACCCAAGCAACCACCGGUGGUGGCUAUGGUGGCUCUGACACCAGAAAAACUACCGGUGGUGGUUACGGUGGUGGUGACUAUGGUGACUCUGAUACCAGAAAAACUACUGGUGGUGGCUACGGUGGUGGCUAUGGUGACUCUGACAUCAACACAACUACUGGUGGUGGUUAUGGCGGUGGUUAUGGUGACUCUGACACCAAAACAACUACCGGUGGUGGCUAUGGUGGUGGUUAUGGCGAGGAUACAAAUAAUCGUGAAGAUGAAGUUGAUUACAAGAAGGAGGAGAAACAUCACAAGAAACUUGAGCAUCUUGGUGAGUUUGGUGCUGUAGCUGCUGGAGGCUAUGCUUUGUAUGAGAAGCAUAAGUCAGAGAAGGAUCCUGAGAACGCUCACAGGCACAAGAUAGAAGAAGAGGUUGCAGCAGCCGCUGCAGUGGGAUCUGGUGGAUUUGCCUUUCAUGAACAUCAUGAGAAAAAAGAAACAAAGGAGGAAGAGGAAGAAGCUCAUGGAAAGAAGAAACACCAUUUCUUUGGCUGA